AUGAACACUGGGCUCCUUUUGUCCUUGGCGGUGCACCGGCCCGCGCGGCUGCCUGCGAAGGUAGAGGCGGCGCGUCAAGACUGCAGCGCCCGCCCGCCGGGGUCACGUGACGCCUCCGGGAGGCGCAGCGCGGCUGAUUCAUCCCCGGCCAGGCGAGUGGAAAAGUACCAGCUGAGCGCGAGGGGCGGGGGCGCGCCGAGGGGCGGAAAAGUACAGACAGCGGAGCCGCGGAGAACAAAGAUGGUCCCACCGCGGCUAUGCGCCCGCAGAGGCCCGCGCCCUCCGGACCCCCAGGCCCCUCUCCAGAGAAUUUUAGUAUUGCACCCUCUCCAUUAUCUCAAGUUUGCGGGGAGGGGUGCACCGGGGCUCUGUUUCGGCUUUCCUCCAGCCUCUCUGGUCGUGCACAGGCAUGCAGGGCACACAUCCCACCCAGUUUCUAGCAUUUACAACGGCAAUGCGCGUAAUCCGUCUUUUCAUGCCCGGAGUCCCCACAUGCGGAAAUGCCUCUGCGGCAGAGAGGACUCAAAGGGGGCAGAAAGGGCUGACAUGGGGCCUCUCCCAAGAAGGGGAGAACGCCCGUUCCUCGGCGACCAGAGGCGCCGAGGGUUUGUUUACACGCGCACGCCCGUACCCUCGAGCACACUCGUCUACAGGCAUUUGGCUCGCGAGCGCUUCGCCCGGCCGGCCACUCCUAUGCCCGGAAAAGAAACUGAUGCAAUAUCGAUCUCCGAUUAUCAAAUGUUCCUGGCCCGUCUUCCCCAACCGUGGCCUCUGUAUACCAGAAGCCCGAAACCUCCUCCGCUGCCCCCAUAUUGCAGGGCCCCUCGAUCUAAUAUUUUAAUUAAUGCAAACCAGUCACAAGACUUGCCGCAGCGGAGCCGCGGGCCGGGCUGGUUCCCCUCCCCCUAACGGAAAGAUGCGGCUCCGCUCCCGGCGGGUACGCGGCCCCCGCGCCGCGCCCCUACCCCGCCCGAGGAGAGCGGCGACCCCCGUACGGGCCGGAACCGAAGGCGGGUCCAGCCGACCGGACACGCCAGGGCCGGGAGGAAACAACCUCCGCAGCUGCCUUCCCGCCGCGGCCCCUCCCGGACGCCCCUCCCCCACUCCCGCCCGGGGCCCCGCGCCC